GUGGCCGGCCGGACUUCAUUCCACAGAUGUGCUUUAACAAAGUGUGAAGCUGAACUCUGAGCUGUGACAGUGUGAGCAGUGUGAGAGUGUCAGUAGAUGAUCAGCAGAGGAAAGUGAGAGCUGCUGUGAGCUGAUGUCCUGAAGGGCUUUUAAAGAGUCUCUGAGUUUGACAGGAACAUGAAGAUGUUUGUGGUGUUUGUGAUCCUCCUGCACGUUUCCCAGCAUGCCUCAGCUCUGGAGGUGUAUGAGGGGGUGGACUCUGUCCUGCUGACCUGCAAGGACUCUUCUGUACCGUCUUUAGCCAAUCUGGUGUGGGCUCGCCACGACCUCGAUCCUCCAAUCGUCCACGAGCGUAAUGAUGCAGGAGAUGAACUGAGAGACCAAAACCAGCGUUAUAGGAGAAGAACGUCCAUGAAGACGGACUCUCUGAGGACCGGAGACUUCAGCCUCACUCUGAGGAACCCCAUCAUCUCUGAUAGCAGCAACUACACCUGCACCAUCACUGCAUCUGGAAACACAAUGACACUGACUACAGUAGAGCUGCAGGUCAAAGUGUCCCACCAAGUCCUCACCCUGGAGGUGUACGAGGGGGCGGAGUCAGUCCAGCUGCCCUGUCAGAUUCCGUUUGUAUCUGGACCCACCACAGUGGUGUGGAGCCGCCACGACCUAAAUCCUCCAACCGUCCACCAGCGUCAGCAGGAAGAGGACGAGCUGACAGAUCAAAACCAGCGUUACAGAGACCGAACAUCCAUGAAGACUGACGCUCUGCAGACUGGAGACUUCAGCCUCACUCUGAGGAAACCCCACAUCUUUGACAGCAGCAACUACACCUGCACCAUCAGAGUGACGGGAGAAGAACCCAGACUGACAGAUGUUCACCUGCAGGUCAAAGGUCAGCAGCAAACUCCAAACUUUAAUAUAUUAGACCUCACUACGUUAGUCUGCCUUAAGCUACAGCUCAUGUUUUCAGACAGAAAACUUUUCCCUCAGGUGGAGGUGGAUUCAGGGGUGGAGUCUGUCCAGCUGACCUGUAAAGCCAAAGUUCACCUGCCUGAAGAUGCUGAGGUGGGGUGGACGGACAAGAGAGACACGAACACCUACACCUGCAACAUCAACAGCAGGGAGGGAAAAGUCCUGAUGAAGAGAAAGGUGGAGCUGAAAGUCAGAGUCCCCCACGUGGAGGUGGAUCCAGGGGUCAAGUCUGUCCAGCUGCCCUUCACCACAAUUCACCUGGCUAAAGACACCAAAGUGGAGUGGAUGGACAGUGACAAGAGAAAGGUCCACGUACUGGGACACAAAGACCUACAGCUGCUCCGUCUACAGCAGGUGGAAGAUGAUUCAGAUGAAGACUCAAGUGGAGCUGAAAGUCAGAGGUCAGUGCUGCAGAUAUGA